AUGAAGCUGGACAUGAUGCGCAGAGCCUUCGCAGCCCCUUUCACUGCCGGGCGCGAAACUUGGCGGUGCCUGGACUACAGCAGYGGAGCCCUGACCGGUGACCUCUGUGAAGACUUGUGCGUGGCACAGAAGCUGGUGUACAAACACUGCCUGUACUAUGACAGAGGUAAGAAGGUCAUCCAGGCUGACUGGAGAGGCCAGCCCAUCAUCCUGAAAUCCAAAAAGGAAAUCUUCUCCAGCUACCAGCAUCUCAGUAUGCUAGAGGAGAUGGAUACACAGGAUAUUCCUGAAACAGAGCUUCUGCUGAUGGUAGCCCUGGAAGUCAAAAAUGUCCUGGGGCUAGAGCUAUCUAACAACACCGUGGGGCCCCUGUGGACGAGGAGGAAGGGGCCACACUGGAAAGCACAGGUGGCCAGCAUGUGGUCCCUGCUCCAGCAGGAAGAAUACAUCUACUUCAGUGUACUGCAGGACUUCAGCAAACACGUGCUACGCAUUAUUGGCUCCUGUGGACAUUUCUAUGCUGUGGAGUAUCUCACAGCUGGACAUGCCUGGCACAAAACUCUUUUUCCCUUGGAAAAUGUGGUUGGUCCCUCCCUUGCUGGAAGCCAAAGCAGGGUGAGAGCCAUCAUUGACAUUGCACUCAGCUUUCUGGAUAUGGUGCACCAUUUUGAUCACGAUUUCUCUCACCGACUUCACUUGUGUGACAUCAAGCCAGAAAAUUUUGCUAUCAGGCAGGAUCUCACGGUUGUGGCCAUUGAUGUGGAUAUGGCCUUUUUUGAACCCAAAAUGAAGGACAUCCUUGAACAGAACUGUACAGCAGAUGAAGAUUGCAAUUUUUUUGAUUGCUUUUCAAAAUGUGAUCUGAAAAUCAGAAAAUGCGGAGCACAGAGAGCCAAUAACAACUUGCAAGUCAUCUGUGACAAAAUAUUCCGCCGCUGGUUCUCUCCAAACCUCAGGGGGCCGGCGCUGCCCUUCCCCCUGCAGCUGCAGCUGCAGCGGGCGGUGCGGGAGUGCGCGGAGCCGGCCGAGGCCGCCGCGGCGCCCCACGGAGCCCCGGCCUCGCUGCCCGAGUUGUACCGGCUGCUCCGCGUCAGCCAGCGCCAACUGCAAGGGCCGCGGUAG